AUGUCCAACAAGGAUGAGGACUCCAAGCUUACAGUACCCAAGUUCUCAUCGUUCAAGUCCAAACCUGAGAAGUCCGAACUGAAGGCACCCAAAUUCGCCUCUUUCAAACCCAAAGACAAAGAAAAGGCCACAACAGAAAGCUCCAGUCACAAAGAAACAGACCGAGAACGGGAACGAGAACGCGACUCACGAAGGAAAAGAAGCCAUCAUCAGUCAGACUCUUAUCGCGAUCAUCAUCACCACCAUUCAAAGAGGCAUCGCGCAGAAUCUCAUCACCGGCAUCGGGAACGCUCACGACGCUCUAGUCACCCAGAGAAACCUGAACACCGUGCGCUUACUAAAAUUUCACGCGACAGCAAUGAUGGUGCAUCGCGUCUGUACAUUAUCGACACCAAGGGCGACCCACUAAUCAUUCGAUAUGGAAGUCUUGACCGUUCGCAGGUCCCCGCUUACUAUCGUGAUGGAUAUGGAAAGGUUCUCGGUACGCGAGGUCGUCUUGUGAUUCAUCGCGAUGGACCAAGGGAUCAAUUCAGCCUACGGAUGCCAGGCGAAGGCUCAUAUGCUUUCAAGGACAAGGACGGUCUACGCUCAAAAGUCUGGCGCGUAAGGUCAACCCCGUUGAGAGUACGACUACAAGAUAGUUCUGCACGGGACGAAGACGACGACUUCUUAGCAGUGGGUUCGUCCAAAAAGCGCAAACAGGACGACGCCUCUGAAUCUUCAGACGACAAACAGCCAUCCUAUCGCUCGAUAGAGGGCAAAGCAAAGCCACGUCAAUACGAUGACAGCGACUUGGAGUCUGAAACCGACGCACCUGCGGAGCAUGUUGAUCUUGGCCAGAACAACCCCUUGAAAUGGAAAUCAAUCCAGCUCUCAAGGCGGGUGAAGGAUCAACCAGAUGAUAUAGAUUCAUGGCUGGAGUUGGCGAACCACCAGGACGCCCUUCUGAGAGCUGGAGAAGACGUUGACCAUAAGGCACUGGAGGCCGAGGUGCAUAGUUUCGCUGAGAUUAAACUUCAUAUGCUCGAAUCGGCCUUGUCCAAUGUUACGAAUCCCCAAGAUCGCAUUAGAGUGUUGAUUCCACUAAUGCGUGAAGGAGUCAAGGUGUGGAACAGUAAAGCAACGACUAAGAAGUGGAAUGACUUGCGUGAAGACGAAGACAGAAGCUUCACGCUCUGGAAGACACACCUCGAUUUUGACAUGUCAAACAUUUCUGCCUUUCACUUUGAUACCGUCAAACAAAUGCACCUCGACCGACUACACCACGCCAUAUCCCGGUCGCAACCGAGCCAGGACUCUGAAGGUUAUAUGGAAGCGAUCUACGUAUUCCUUAGACUCACGAGACUCAUGCAUGACUGUGGGUACAAGGAGCUUGCUGUUGCAGCAUGGCAAGCAUUCAUGGAACUCAACUUUUUCCGACCUUCUCAGUUGGAAGAACAAAGCGCGGCCCUUGAGUCUCUUCGUGACUUCUGGGAGAGUGAAGUUCCCAGAAUAGGAGAGCCUGAGGCCCAGGGUUGGGCAAAGUUUGUGGAAGAUGAUGGGAUGGGUGAUGCCCCUGAGCCGCUACCAGAUAAUAAGCUACCCGAGGACCAGUCACGAGAUGACUAUAAACACUGGGCGAGUUUGGAAAGCUCUCAGGCUGAGAAAGCAAGAGUCCCAGCAAGAACUAUGGAUGAGGGGACAGAAGAAGAUCCUUUUAGAGUUGUGAUGUUCUCUGACAUAGUGCCAUUGCUCUUUAUGGUCCCAAAACAGAUUUUACCAGUUGUGCAGGAGCAGUUGCUAGACGCUUUCUUGAUAUUCUUUGGGGCUCCUCCUGUCUUUCGUUCCAAUAGCUGGACAGAAGAGGCCUACCAUGAUCAAUUCCUGGCUCGACCUACUUUGAAGCUGCAGUUUAGUGCCCCUACACCACCGUCAGGGGACGAAGAUCCGACAGAAAUACAGAGAAAGCUUCCUGCUUUUAACCAGAAGCCUCUCUGCGUCUCUGAAUCGGCUGAAGUGCUCUUCUCGAAGCAAGACUGGUUUUCUUAUUUGCCGUCGAAAAGCAAAGAUAACGAUGUUGAGCUCGGUCUCUUGGCUAACGCAACAAAGCACUUAGUCCAUAAUGCCAACUUGGAGUAUUUAGCUGAGUACCAUCUUGCUUUAUGCGCAGUACAAGAUCGUUCCGCUGUCAAAAAGGCAGCCAAAGCUUUGUUGAAACGGUAUCCGACUAAUCUUGGCCUAUACAAGGUAUAUGCUCUUGCUGAGUAUGCAAAUGGUAACCGCGAAGUUGCUCAAAAGGUGGUUUCUUCAGCAACUGAGCUUGCGCCAAACUCUUCUGCAGCUGACUCCUUUAGUCUUUGGAGGACAUGGACUUGGAUGGAGCUUGAGGGGGGCAACCAAGACCUAGCUGUUCAAAGACUCUGCUCUGCUGUGGAUGAAGUCCUACGAAAAACAGCCGGAACCGUCGAUGUGUCUCCAACGCAUAUUCUCAAAGCCUACCAGAUCUUCACUUCUACCAUGAACGAUCUGAUCUCGGGAGCAAACAUCGACCAGGCUGCAGUUCUUGCCGAGUGCUUAAUCCUGCUGUCUUACUUGACCGCAGAGGGGUCUACAGAACCAAUGUCAGCGUCUCAAGGAAGCAUUUCGGCUGCCAUGGACACAGUUAAUAAGGUGUCACUCGAGUUGAAGUCUCGAAACUACCAUACAUCACAAGCUCACGAGCGUAUACUACAGUUUGCGUCGAUGUUACUGUACAUGCACGCAACCCGAGGGCCCUUCCGCCGUGUGUAUCUACUUGAGCAACUGAAACAUUUUCUGUUGUACUUCCCCAGAAACACCAUGUUCUUGUCUUUGUUCGAAUGGGCCGACUCCAGCCUUCGUAUUAUUGACGAGACAAGAACACUUCUACACGAAACUGUACUUACCCCAGCCCAAGAUUGCUUAAGCAGUCGCAUAUUUGCCAUUCAUCAUGAGACUGAACGAGGAAAUGUCAACACAACAAAAGCAGCUUUCGAGCAUGCAGUGUCAAGCGAUGCCUGCAAGUCAAAUACAGCUUUGUGGAUCAACUUCAUCAAGUUCUGCAGCUCUCAGAGAGAAUUACGACCGAAAGCCAAGGAUAUUCUGUUUAGGGCGUUGAGGCAUUGUCCGUGGUCCAAGGAUGUCAUGAUGGAGGCCUUCCUUACUCUGAACCGGGAUAUGGAUUCUUCAGAGCUGAAGGGCAUCUUUGACACUAUGGCGUCCAAGGGAUUGAGGUUACAUGUUGAUCUGGAGGAGUUUUUGGAUGAAAGAAGAGUUGAAAGGAGGGCAGAGAAGAACAGAAGGUGA